GGCUGCCAUUGGAAAAGAUAAGCAUAUAACGCCAAUCCUUUCUUGGUCAAUAUAUACAUCUUCUUUAAUGGCUGAUCCACGUUUUUUUUUUCAGAAAAAACGUCUUUUAACGCCGUGCGCGGCUCGACAAUUUAAAGACUCGCGACUUCUUUAUAUAAGUAAACAGAUACCCUCAGUUCUCAAAUACGUACAUCACGAGAAUUCGAGAAACAGGCAUCAGACAGAGACAUUGGCAUUGUUAUUAGCAAUUCUUAUCUCUAUUCAAUAUUUUGGUUAAUAGAAAUGGAAAGUCAAUUACAGUUUAACAGGUUGCCAGAAGACUGUGUUUCUACAAUUCUUUCCUUCACAUCUCCACUAGAUGUAUGCAGAUCAUCCUCAGUUUCCACCUCAUUUCAAUCAGCUGCAGACUCUGAUAUCGUCUGGGAAAGUUUUUUGCCGUCUGAUUAUAGUAACAUCGUCCCAAGGUCCGUAGUUCCUCUGAAAUUUUCUUCAAAGAAAGAGCUUUUUGUUCGUCUUUGUGACCCCAUUAUCAUAGAUGGUGGUAGAAAGAGCUUCAAGUUAGAGAAAUCAUCUGGCAAGAAAUCCUACAUACUAUCAGCAAGAGAUCUUUCCAUAACAUGGAGCAAAGAACCAAUGUAUUGGAACUGGGUGUCUCUACCUGAAUCAAGGUUCUCUGAAGUGGCUAGUCUUAGAACCAUUUGUUGGCUGGAAAUACAAGGGAAGAUUAAGACUCAAAUGCUAUCACCAAACACUGUGUAUGGAGCAUAUCUGGUACUGAAAAUCACUGAUCGCGCCUAUGGGCUUGAUUUAAUACCAUCUGAGGUAUCAGUUGAUGUUGGGAAUCACUUGUCUAAGAACACUGCAUAUUUACGCCGCGGUGAAGAUAGCAAGAAACAGCAACUGGACCGCUUGUUCUUUGCCAAUCGUAUGCAGAUGCUGCAGUCAAGGGUGACGGAAGGGGACGGAAAAAUCCCAAGUGAAAGAGAUGAUGGAUGGAUGGAGAUUGAGUUAGGAGAAUUCUUCAAUGGUGAAAAUGAUGAUGAGGAAGUGAAGAUGAGGUUGGAGGAAAUUAAGGGUCAUCAUCUGAAAGGAGGACUUAUUAUUGAAGGCAUUGAAGUUAGGCCUAAAUAUUAACUUAGGUAGUGUUUGGUAAUUUUGUGGAAUUCAUUUAUAAGUUUAAAAUUUUAAAUAGUAUUUGGAAUAAAUGAAAAUUAUAAAA